AUGACAAUGGGUGAUGAAUUACCUGUCACUUCUUUAGUUUUGCCCGUUUUAAUACGUCCUGUUUUGACUCAGUUGGAAAAAUAUGAUUUGGGUGCUUCUCAAACAUUACGUGCUGCUCUUACGAAGGCGGAGGCAGCUAUUCCAGGACUUAAUUAUGAUUUAGUUGCUGGCAUCAUGAGACGAGCGGAUAUUCCUGUAAAUAUGAAUGAGAGCUUGCUACGUUUACAAGGAACUUUGACAGACACUGAAUGCGCUGAUUUAAGAUUGAAUAGAUCAGAAGAAGCAUUCCAAGAAUUGAAUAAGAAAUCUGCUGCUUUGAAAAAAAUUUUAAGCAGAAUUCCAGAUGAAAUAACAGACAGGAAAACUUUCCUGGAAACUAUCAAGGAAAUAGCUUCAGCUAUAAAAAAGUUAUUAGAUGCAGUUAAUGAAGUUUCAUCAUAUACACCCGGCCCUGGAAAGCAGGCACUGGAACAGAGAAAACGAGAAUUUGUUAAGUAUUCCAAAAGAUUUUCUAACACUUUAAAGGAGUACUUCAAAGAAGGCCAGGCCAAUGCAGUCUUCGUGAGUGCUCUUUAUCUUAUAUACCAAACUAAUCAAAUUCUUUACACUGUUAAAAGCAAAUCAGAA